GCGGAAAGAACACGCGUGCACCGAAAAGGAAGAAACACCCAUAAACGAUGAUCGGGCAUUUUUUCAGACCAUUUUUUUACUUAAACGAAGUACUGUUCUUCUUUCCUUUCAAUUGUUGAUUUCUCAAUUAGUCUGUUCUUGACUUGCUGUUUGUUUCGAUAAGAAGAGAGAAGCAGAAUGGCUUUAGAUACAUUGGAUUACUCGGUGUUGGCUGCGCUGGCCCUGGCCGUGCUUGCAUACUUGACCAAGGGUGUGUUCUGGGGAGUUGGCGAUGAUGGUACGAAGGUGGUUAGCGAUUCCAGAGACAUCUCCGAGGUGGUGAGAGACCACAACAAGAACUACGUUGUGUUCUACGGCUCCCAGACUGGUACUGCUGAAGACUAUGCGCACAAGUUUGCCAAAGAGCUGAAGGCCAAGUACAAGCUGAACAUUAUGGUUGCCGAUCUCGCAGAUUACGACUUUGACACUUUGAACGAUUUGGAGUGCGUGGUGUCCUUUUUCAUCGCCACGUACGGUGAAGGUGACUUCCCAGAUCAAUCCGUGCCAUUUGAGGAUCAUAUCUCCAACCUUUCCAAGGGGGACUUGUCCAAUUUGAAGUAUACCUUGUUUGGUUUGGGUAACUCCACGUAUGAGUUCUACAACGGUGCUGCUGUUAAGGCUGAUAACGCUUUAAAGGCCGCUUCUGCUACAAUCAUUGGAGAAUUCGGUAAAGGUGACGAUGGUGCUGGUACUCUCGACGAGGAUUACCUCGCUUGGAAAGAGGCCACAAUGGAUAUCCUCAAGUCCUCGUUGAACUUGACGGAGUCUGAUGCUAAAUUUGAAGCCUCUUUGAAAAUCACCACCUUGGACCCAGGCGAGUAUGAAGAUGGCGAGGUGUUCUUGGGAGAGCCUGAUAAGUCAUACUUGGACAAAUCUACAAACCUGUCGUUGGGUCCAUUUGACCAUGCUCAUCCUUACUUGGCUCCUAUUGCCCACUCAAAGGAAUUGUUCAACUCCAAGGAUAGAUCAUGUAUCCAUGCUGAGUUUGAUCUUUCCAAUACAAACUUGCGUUACUCAACCGGUGAUCAUUUGGCUGUUUGGCCAUCCAAUGCCAACGAGAAAGUUGAAAAGUUCUUGAAGAUUGUCAACUUGUGGGAGGAUAAGGAGCAGGUAAUCGAGGUCAAGGCCUUGGACUCAACCGUUAACAUCCCAUUCCCUUCACCAACAACCGUGGAGACUGUUUUCCGCCACUUUAAAGAGAUUUCUGGUCCAGUUUCAAGACAAAUCGUGGCCAACUUAAAACAAUUUGCUCCAAAUGAGAAGGCUCAACAACAGUGUGAUAAGUUGUCAAAGGACAAAGAUCUCUUUGCCAAAGAGAUCCAUGAAAACAAAUACGACUUGAGCGAAGUGUUGUCCAUCUUAUCUGACGGUGCUACGUGGAAAUUGCCUUUGGAAUUUUUGAUUGAAACUAUCUCUCCAUUACAACCUCGUUAUUACUCCAUCUCUUCUUCGUCGCUUUCUGAGAAGACCACAAUCCACAUCACCGCUGUUGUCGAGGCUGAUAAGUUCCAAGAUAGACUUAUCACAGGUGUUACUACGAACUUGUUGCGUAACAUUGAAAUUGAUCAAAACAAGGAAUCAGCAAAACCUCAUUUGACCUAUGACUUGAAAGGACCAAGAAACAAAUUCUCGCCAUACAAGUUACCUGUUCAUGUGCGUCGUUCUACUUUCAGAUUGCCAACUUCACCAACUGCGCCUGUGAUUAUGAUUGGUCCAGGUACAGGUGUUGCUCCAUUCAGGGGCUUUGUCAGAGACAGAGUCGCAUUGGCUCAACAAGGCAAGACAUUUGCCAAGAUGGUGUUGCUAUACGGAUGUAGAAGAUCGGACGAGGACUUCUUAUACAGAGACGAAUGGGUCGAAUACGCAAAGACCCUCGGUGAGAACUUUGAAAUGCACAGUGCCUUCUCUAGAGAAGGAGCUGAAAAGGUUUAUGUUCAACAUAAACUUUACGAGCUGAAGGAUGAAAUCAUGGAGCUGAUCGAUGCAGGUGCUUUCAUCUACGUCUGUGGUGAUGCUGCAAGAAUGGCAAGGGAUGUCAACGAUACUUUGUGUAGAAUCAUGUCUGAAAAGAAGGGAUUCUCUACAGAAAAGGCACACGAGAUCUUGAAGAACUUCAGAACUUUGAACAAGUACCAAGAGGAUGUCUGGUGAUGGUUCAAACAACGCCCUAUCAGGUAUAUAACUAGCUAUAAAUCAACAAUUGUGAGAAGAAGAAAAGAACAAAGAUUACUACAUGAAUACAACAAUGGAU